AUGGGAAAAUUGGUUAUUCCUCCAAAUGCAAAGUGAGUUUUUUAGUUUGGAAUUCUGGUCAAGUACGAGGAGAUCUUAUAACUUUAUAUAAAGUAUCUUUAGGUAUCAGCCUCAAGAUCCAGAUUACGUCACUGGUGAUACUACUUCCAAAGAUCCUUCAAUAAUGAGGUAUUUACAUUUCGUUCAUUAUAAAUUUCUUAAUGUUUAGAGCUAGAGCUUUUGUCGGAUGUUUGAAUACUGAUACUUGUACAAGAGAAAGUAUUAUUCAUUUAUUCAGUAUGUAUGGGCCCUUGAGGGGGGUAACUCAUUUCAAGUCCCAAGGAUAUGGAUUUGUCCAAUUUGAGAGGGAAGAGGACGCUGUGGAUGCGGUGGAGAACCUUCAUAUGUUUAAGUUUCACGGGUUUGAGUUGGGUAGGAAUUGCCUUAUUAUGUCCAAGCUUAAUUCAGAUGUGAAGAUUGCAACUCCGACAGAGACAUUUUUGAGCAAGGAAGAAACGGGGUAUGUGCCCUUGCCGACUUUUUACUUUACUUAAAUUUAGCUUCGUUGUGAGUGAAAGUGCCUUUGCCAAAGGUCGAAGUUUGAAUUUUUCUUCUGUCAUGACAGCACGAUUUUUUUUUAUUUUCAGCCCUAAAAGACCACGUUCUAAACGAGGUGGAAGAAAAGAAAGAGAACGGCGGAUGGCCGCGUCUGGAACAGUUGGGUUUCAAAGAGCGGAGUAUGGUCGUCCGUCCAAUAAAGGAUACGAUUACGACCAAUACAACGACGGAAAUUCUCCAGGCGCAUAUCGUCAAUCGGCCCACAAUUCCCCCCGGCCGAUAAUACCCAACGGAGGUAGACCGUCAACUUCCAACGCCGCACUUGAGACUCCCCAUGAAGGACCGACGGUUGACAGCGCAUUUGAUCUGACCCCUCACUCCGAACUUCCAUUGCCUCCAAAAUUUAGAUAUCAACGUGCAGCUGAAGAACAAGAAGGAUCUGUUUUUGUCGAAAACGGUAAGUAAAGAGCGAAGUUUACUGUUGUUCUUGUUAUAGAAAUACCUGAUGUUCUUAUUUGUGGUGGAUGUCAUUUGAUAACCGCCAAUGCACAAUUCUUUUUGGAGCACCGAGUCCGACAAUGUGAUCGAAAAGUGGUCGUUAAAGGAGGUAGGAUUUGUUUUCCUAUUUUUUCGAGGAUUUCUUUUUGCAACUACUUUUUCCUCCGGAACAAUCAGAAUUUAAGGAAAAUGCAAAUUUCAUGAUUCAAGUGUGCGAAAAUUUCAGAAGACGAGCCAGAAUAUUUGAAAUGUUAUUCGUGCAAGAUUCCAUGUAAAAAUAGUUGGGAUCUUAUCAAUCAUAUGAGCCAAGCGCAUAAGCUUAAUUUAUACAACAAAAAAGAUACGAGUACGUUAGAAUAUCCAGAUCAUUCUUAA